CUGGGCAUCAUAAAAUAAGAGAAAAACAUCAGACUGAGAUGAGUGUUUGACCGAAAGGUGGCAGGCUUUUCCAUAAAAAAAAAAAAAAAAAAUUAAAAAAAAAAAAAGUCCUUCAUUCUGAUUGGCUGUCUUUCCUGCUUGGGGGGGGGAAAGGCCCUCAGGAAAAAAAAGGAAAAAAAAGACAGAAGAGCAUCUUUUGCAGAGCAGGAAGAGAGGGAGGAAGAGAGGAGGAGGAGGAGAAUAUCACAGCAUAUAUGUGAUGUGUAUGAAUGGAAAACGCCAGGUGAGAGUGUGUGACAGGAUUAGAAGUAUGUUCCGCUUACUCAGAUUAAUAGUGUCGUCACCACGCUGAAGCUCUACAAGUGGCAACAUGCUACGAGCUCGAAUCUCAUUCUCCUGCCUGCUUACGCUCGCCUGCUGCUGCUGCUGCUGCUGCUGCUGCAUCUGCUCCACCCUGGCUCCCCCCAAUAUAUCUUCGUAUGCCAAAACUGAGGACAAGCUAUUGAAAGAGCUCUUCAGAAAAUACCAGAAAUGGGUGAGACCAGUGGAAACUCUGAAUGGGACAAUACGGGUCAAAUUUGGACUGGCCAUCUCUCAGCUAGUCGACGUGGAUGAAAAGAAUCAGCUGAUGACGACCAAUGUAUGGAUGAAGCAGGAAUGGGUCGACACAAAGCUGCGAUGGAACCCUAAGCACUACACGGGAAUCACGUAUAUCAGAGUGCCAUCAGACUAUAUAUGGAUUCCAGACAUUGUGCUCUAUGAUAAUGCAGAUGGGAAAUUUGAGGCCACAGCUACCAAAGCCGUAGUGAAGCAUGAUGGUACCAUCUCAUGGACGCCACCCGCUAACUACAAAUCAGCCUGCACUAUUGAUGUUACCUUCUUCCCCUUUGACCUUCAGAACUGCUCCAUGAAGUUUGGCUCAUGGACCUAUGAUGGCUCACAGGUGGACAUACUCCUGGAGGACGUCCAUGUGGACAAGCGAGACUACUUUGACAACGGUGAAUGGGAGAUUGUGACAGCUACAGGGAGCCGUGGUUUGAGAACGGACACGACAGGCUUCUAUCCUUUCAUCACUUACUCCUUUAUCAUCCGGCGUCUCCCUCUCUUUUACACGCUGUUCCUCAUCAUUCCCUGCAUUGGUCUGUCCUUCUUGACUGUGCUGGUCUUCUACCUGCCCUCUAACUGUGGAGAGAAAAUCUCUCUUUGUACUUCCGUUCUCGUCUCACUCACUGUGUUUCUCCUGGUGAUAGAGGAGAUCAUCCCGUCUUCCUCAAAGGUCAUCCCACUUAUUGGCGAGUAUCUGGUCUUCACCAUGAUCUUUGUCACACUCUCCAUCAUCAUCACGGUCUUUGCCAUCAACAUUCACCACCGCUCCUCGUCCACGCAUCACGACAUGGCACCUUGGGUCCGCCGUGUCUUCCUGCACAGUCUUCCGAAGCUGCUUUGCAUGCGCAGCCAUGUAGACCGCUAUGCAACAACAGGAGGGAGUCACCGAGCUGACGGAACAGCAGCGCUAAACUGUGGGGAGGGCUUAAAACAAGACAGCAGCCUUCUGCUAAACUCUGCAGCACACAAACUUCAAGCAGCACUGGACUCUAUUCGAUACAUCACGCUCCAUGUGGUAAAGGAGAAUGAAGUCAGAGAGGUUGUUCAGGACUGGAAGUUUGUCGCUCGAGUUCUAGACCGUGUCUUCCUGUGGGUCUUCCUGUCAGUAUCUGUGCUCGGUUCUGCUCUGCUGUUCAUUCCUGUCAUUUACAAAUGGGCCAAUAUCAUUGUUCCAAACUAUGUUGAUAACAGUAGCUAAGCUAGCAAACUUACAAUGGAGUGUACAGAAAAAAGCACAGGGAUUUAAAGAUUUUCUGUCGUCAUUAAGAUUGAUUGGUUGGGUUAGUAGUGCAUUAGUAGUGAUAAAAUGAAAUGAAUUUGAUCUUUUCCCACUUUUCACUAAGAUGACCAUCAUUGCUACAGAAUUACAGUAUGGUUCCAUUUUGCAGUUAUUUGUUUCUUUAACAUACUGCACAUUGUUCCUCAUAUACAACAAACAUUGUAUAUUAUAUUAUAAUUUUGGGAUAUAAAUAUAAUUUUGGGAUAUAAUACAAUUAAUAAAAAAACCAUUUUGCAAUGUUUGAGAUACUUGAGAUGCUUCUAUUAUGAAUUAUUAUAGUUAAUAAUUAACUUUACUUUUGGUUAAAACUUUACUUUAACACCGAACAACUCCAUUCCCAACAACCAAUCACUGAUCACCAUUGCUGGGUUCACACGUCUCAGAGGAAGCACGUGAUAGCCUUCACCAUGUCAGUUGUGCCUUCGUCAGUGGAUUAAAGUAUUAAAAAUUUUGCAAGACAUUUUGCAAAAAAAAAAAAAAAGUGUUAAUUUCCUCCAUGUUUGGAGACUUUUGGGACACCCUGUAGUAUUUUGUAAAUAGGUACGUAAAUAGGCUGUGGUCCCAUGACCAGAAAUUAGUUGUAAUCUACUAUUUAUAAUCUGAUCAAAUUCUAUUCUAUUCUGCAUUUGUUCAGAAAAUAUUCCUUCAUUUAACGUGUUUUUAAUAUUCAAUUGAUCAUUCCGAUAAAACAAAUAUGCAGAUGAGUAUAUUGCAUCAUCUAAUGUCGUUU